AUGACCAUCAUGCCUACAUCCAAUGAGUCUGCAGCCAUUCCCAAUUGGAACGCCCCUGAGCCCACCAAAGAGAACUUGGACUAUGUAGAGCUUAUCGAUCUCGACCUCAGCAAGUUCGAACAUGUAGAGACCAGGAAGGAGCUAGCCAAGGACUUGCUCCAGGCCGUCACCCAGCAUGGAUUCUUCACCAUUUCGAACCAUGGCAUUUCCACUGAGCUCUGGGAUCACCAGAUGGAUGUCGCGAAUGCGGUGAUGACCCUGAGCAAUGAAGACAAGAGGCCUUACGAAGCUUCAUUCAUCCUGGCAACGCUAAUAAAGGACAAAGGCACUCCCGAGGAAGAUCAGAAAGGCAUCUACGUCGGUUUCAAGCCCUCUGGAGAACUCGGCACCAAAGGUGGCUUCCACAAAGAGGUCGACCAUUACAACAUGCUUCUUCACGACUUCGAAACUCGGUCACAUCCGCAAAUCAUCUCCCCCUUCAAGGAAGAGAUCCGGCAUCUGAUGCAAACUCUGAAUGAUGACAUUCAUCGCAAACUACUUAUUCUCGUGGCCAUGGUGUUAGAGAUGAGCUACUCGCCACGCAACGAUGCCGACCGAGAAAAGUCCCGCGACCUGUUCUUGCCAGGCCAUGCUGACUGGAGUACCUUUUCCAUCUUGUUCUCGCAGCCCAUCUCUGCUCUUCAAAUCUUGGAUAAUCAAAAUCGGUGGCAAUGGGUCCGAUACAUCCCGCACAACCUCAUCGUCAACGUCGGUGAAGCGCUUGAAUUCCUCACCGGCCGUCUCUUCAAAGCAACCAUCCACCGAGUCGUGACGCCGCCUGUGGACCAGCGGCAAAAGCUGCGCAUCGGGAUUCUCUUCUUCACCCGGCCCAACGACGACAAACUCCUGGUGCCCAUCGCAGAGUCGCCGUACCUGCAGAAACUUGGCUUGGACACGAGCCAGGAGACUGAGGUGUUCAAGACGAACGAGUACCUACAGGCAAAGAAACGCGGGUACAAGAAGAAGGAGCUGGAGUACGACUUCGAUCGGCCGAAGGAUGCGACGAAGCAUGUGGACCCUUUUAGUGAUUAUGAUCCAUUGGACUUGAAGAAGCACAGACUAGAUGACGUCGUCGUCCAACAGGUUGUCAGUAUGUAA